AAAACACCACUGGACAGAUAAAAUUUCUAUAUAUGGCAAUCUUUUCCAGAAACGUCUAUUGAACUUGCUUGUGAUUGGCUAGUUCGUUUCUCGAACUUUCUUAUUGGCUUCUGGGGACCUAUAUAAGCCAGCGCGGCGAUUUGAAUCGCUUCGAAUGGUGCACAAAGUGUUUCCUUUUGAUGUUAGAUAAUAUUUAGUGUGACUUAGAAUAAGUGAUGUGUUUUUAUUUUAAUUAGUAAAUAGUGUUAUAAUGGUGACUAUUGGCAUCGAUCUAGGAACGACUAACACGUGUGUGGCUGUUUGGAGAAAUAAUAGUGUGGAAGUGAUUCCGAAUGAAGCUGGGAACAGACUAACGCCAUCUUAUGUGGCAUUUACGAAGACUGAACGUCUAAUAGGCGAGAGCGCCAAAAAUCAAGUCUCCAACAACACCGCUAAUACAAUAUUUGGAGUAAAACGAUUUUUAGGCCGACAGUUCGACGAUAUUGUGUUACAAAAAGACAUAAAAAGAUACCCAUUUAAAAUUAUAAACUGCAACGGUAAACCAAAGAUAGUUAUUAAACAUAAAGGAAACAAAAGAACAUAUUCCCCCGAAGAAAUAUGUGCUAUGAUCAUCUACCGGAUGAAAGAGAUGGCGGAGUCAUAUUUGAGUGUCAAAGUGGAAAAAGCCGUGCUCACAGUUCCCGCAUACUUCGGUGACGCCCAGCGACAGGCGAUCAAGCUAGCCGGUUCCAUAGCCGGUUUGGAAGUUAUAAGAAUCAUUAACGAACCGACAUCGGCUGCAGUCGCUUAUGGCUUAAACCGGCGCCUCACUGGAAAACGAAAUAUCCUUGUGUACGACUUGGGAGGAGGUACAUUCAACGUAUCGGUGCUAUCCAUAGGAAAUAGUUGCCUGUACGAGGUGAGAGCCGUUGCUGGAAAUUUAGGAUUGGGAGGAGAGGAUUUCGACAAUCGCUUGGUUGCUCAUUCCCUUGAAGAUAUACGUAAACGUUACGGAAUUGAUAUAGAGAGUCCAAAAAACUUGCUGUGCCUGAAAUCAGCGGCGGAAACUACGAAACGAUCUCUGACGUCGGCUCGGGAUGCGAUUCUGCAAAUCGAAUCGUUCUGUAAUGGCAACGAUUACUACUGUCGCGUAUCCCGAACUUUGUUCGAAAAAUUAUGUUCAGAUUUAUUUGAAGAUACCCUGAAACUCGUAGGAGAUGUUCUAUCCGAGGCGAGGAUGUUGAAACAUAACAUUCACGAUGUAGUUUUAGUCGGUGGUAGUACAAGGAUCCCCAAAAUUCGAAAGAUGCUUACAGAAUACUUUGAUGGAAAACAUCUGAUGGUCCUUAACAAUCCAGACGAAGCGAUCGCUACUGGAGCUGCAGUUCAAGCCGCUAUUCUAACGGGGCUAUGUAAUGAUAAUUUGAAAAGACUCUUGCUCAUUGAUGUGCUACCUCUGUCUUUAGGUGUAGAAACCGCAAGAGGCUUAAUGUUUAAGGUAGUGGAAAGAAAUACUCCAAUACCUUGUCGUCAGACCAAAGAAAUCACUACUCUAGAGGAUUUUCAAACUACAAUGACGAUAGAAGUUUUCGAAGGUGAAAGAACUUUGACCAAAGACAAUCGUCUCCUAGGCGUUUUUGAACUGAAUAAAAUACCACCAGUGCCGAGGGGAAUAGCAAAGAUUGACAUUAUAUUUGAAAUCGAUUCAGACAGUAUAUUAACAGUUUCUGCUAGAGACCGAAGCACGGGUAAUAGUGAGAGUAUAACCAUUAAAAACAUGAACAAAUUAUCCAAGGACGAAGUGCAAACAAUGAUAGAUGAUGCAAAAAAGUUUCGUGAAGAGGACGACGAAAACAAAAGUCGCUUAGAAGUUAGGAAUCAGUUGGAAACAUACAUUUAUGAUGUAAAGACGACUGUAACAGAAAAUUUGGACAAACUUAGCGGUGAAGAAUGCGCUCACAUGAUCGGCGAAUGUGUAAAUGCUCUUACGUGGAUUGACGAAAAUCCAGAUUGCUUGAGAGAGGAAUAUGAAAGGAAAAUGUCUGAACUUUUAAUACGAUGGUCAUCCUUUUUGAGAAAAAUUAGGGGUCACGUUGUAAAACGACAACGGAGCGAGCUGUACAGUUCUGAUGGCGAAGAUAACGGAACUACUGUAGAGGAAAUUCAUGAAGAGAAGUGAUAAUACCUGAAUCCAUACGCUAAUCGAAGAAGCUUGGAGCAUCUUUUUCAUUCUAGUGGAAUCUUUACUGACUUUUAAUAAGGAGGAGGCUAUAAUCAUGCACAUUGCUCUUGGAUAUUUUACACUUUGUUAUGCUUUUACUCUCCUGAAAAUCCUGUUACCUCUUUUAAUCUUUACUAUUCAAUAUAGUAAAAU